CGGCAAAGCAUAUUCUUCCAUUGCGCUUGCGCCCUCCCCGGCUUCCCCGCGCUCCCCACCUUGCCAUUGCCAUUCGCCGCGCCUGACACCGUUCCCCCGUCUCCGGCUCCGACCUCACCGCCGGUCAGUCUCAGCCCGCAUGGACCUCACCGACCAGUCGCCGGAGGAGGUGUACUCCGUGUGGGCGCUCCCGCCGGCGCCCGUCCGCGACCGCCUCCGCCGCAUCCUGGAGGGCCUCCGCGCCGCGCACGGCGGCCCCGCCUUCGAGCCGCACGCAACCGUCGUUGGAGACUUCCGCAGCCACCGGUCGGCAGCCAUCGAGGUGCUCCGCACCGCCGCCGCCGGCGUCCAACCCUACACCGCCCGUGUCACGGGGGUCGCCCGCGGCAGCUUCUUCUACCAGUGCAUCUACCUUCUCCUCGAGCCCACCCCCGAGGUGGUGGCAGCGAGCGAUCACUGCUGUGGCCACUUCGGUUACAAGAGAAAGACUCCAUACAUGCCGCACGUCAGCCUAUUAUACGGAGACCUGACAGAUGAGGAGAAGGAGGAGGCAAGGAAGAAGGCAGAGGAGCUGGACAAGGAUAUCUGUGGAUUGGAGUUUGAGAUCUCUGAGCUUGCACUCUAUAGAACGGAUACUGCGGAUAAAAGCUUGGAGUCAUGGGAGUUGGUGGAGGUGUGCCAUCUUGAAAAGAAGUGAUUAGUUUCCUCUCCAUGGUGAUUCUGCUUUGAAAUAUGUGGCAGUGGCAAUAUUGAGGUGAUAUUGCCGUGCAAAGCUUCUGCAGUUGGAGUUGUGGCGCAUCUCUGGUGCAAAAACUGUACCCCUGCCAAGUUGCCGGAACAGCACAAAUACCAUCCUGUGGAUGCCAGAUCUUGGCUCUGGUCUCUCAUAAAGUACUAGCUCUUUGCCUGCAAGAGCAUCCUGAUGUUAUGCACUCAAGAGUUUAAGGAGCAUUAAACUGGGUGGAAAACAAUGCCGUUUAUAAUGUUGUUUACUCUUUUUAGACAGAUAGAAGUCUCUAUGUGAUAGGUCUGCUUGUUUAAGACAAAUAUAGGGGCUGUCUUAUUCUAAAUAUCUUUUUAUUUCAAAGUCUCAAUUCAGAACUUCAAUAUGAAAAGUGUAAAUAAAAGCAUACAGUAAACUACUUGCAUUUCCUAGCUCCGCUGAAAUGUGUCCUCAAGGUUACCAACCAAUUAAAGGAUGAA